GACCUGUUUGAUAAUUUCAUUUGCCUCUACUCGAGUGACUAAUGGAACAAUAAAACCUUACCGUGAAUCGUGAAUUAGUCUUGUUAAUGUCGUUAAUCAUGAACUUAGGUCGGGAUGGAAUAACAUGUAUCACUUGAUUCAGUUAAUAGCUUUCUACAAGUGAGACGACUUGGUGAAUUUUGACUGAGUUUGUAGACGAGAAAUGGCUGUGAUAUCAUUGGUUGGCAGCAAGGUGAUUUUAGCACUGUUCAACUUUAUUUUAUUGGCAUGCGGGUUCGCACUGGUAACUGGAGGCAUGCUGGUCCUCUUCGAUAACGAAAGGGUGCUUCUCUCAAAGCUUUUAUCGACGGGACAAUUAUCUAAUCUUCCCCAUCCGCUCCUUCACUACAUCUCGAUUGGCGUGGCAUUGCUUGGAGUGCUUCUUGCAGCCACUGGCAUCCUGGGAUGCUGGGCUUCCUGUCUGCACAAUUAUUAUUUGUUGACCCUGUAUUUUCUAAUAAUAAUGAUAGUCCUGGUUGGGGAGUGUGCCAUUUACGUGGUUGCAUGGGUAUGGCCGAGUUGUAUGGGUUUGGGCCUCGAAGUGGAUGAUUUGAUCAAAGCUUUACAGAAAAACUAUGGUAUCAGUGGCCAGGAGCAAUUUACUGUAGCAGUAGAUUUAGCCCAAACGACGUUCAACUGUUGUGGAAUAGAUUCUGCAAACGAAUACGAUACUUCUCUGUGGAGACUCCAAGGAUUUGGUCCUUCAUUGGCUGUUCCAUUAUCUUGCUGCAAAUUAAUGAAUGCUAAUCAAUCCAAGGCAUACUUAAAUCCAGAACCAGUGAGUCCAACCCUGUGCCAAGCACUGGAAAGAAAUCGUCAUGAAGGGUUUCGUCAUUUGACUGGUUGUAGUAAUAGCUUGGAACAAUGGUAUCGUGAUCACUACAUCACUUUCCUGGGAGUGGGUCUAGUAAUCGUUCUGGUAGAGUUCGGCGUCCUUCUCACCACCAUAUUAACCUGCACGAGACUGUAUCACCACAAUCAAGAAAUCAAGGAGAACCACAUGAAUACCCAACAGGAACCUGAAAGUCCCCCCUCCACCAGAGAAACGAGUUUCAGAAGACCAACCGACUCUGAUGUUGGUGCAUACAGCAACGAAACAUAUGCGCUUCCGGGAAAUUUCAAACAUAAUUACAAGUUAAUGAAUAGAGCAUGAUGGUGGUUGAAGGGCCUUUGUUCGCCCAGUUAUGUAUAUGAAGUUGAGGUUGAAUCGAUGUUGUGGUAAUCACAGAUUGAAUUGUCAUGAAACGCAGGUUUAAAAAUCUUUUAACGUCGAAAUUUAUAUACAUAUUCAAAGAAAUACGAUUAUUUUUUCUAAAGGAAAUCAAAUGCUCGUUUUUUAUAAAUAUGUCAAAUACUCUUUUGAAUUGCUACAAACUAUAUGCUCUUUAAUUCAAAGAAAUUAUUCUUCUAUAAAUCGAGAAAUUGAUAUUCUCAACUUCCGUUAUAAAUGUUAGUCAAGAAUAACUAACGGAUUUUUUAAUAGGUUCUGGCUAAAACCUAUGAAAAAAAUUCGGACAGAAACUUGCGUUGGAAAAUUGAAAAUUAGAUAAUUUGAAACAAUGUUUAUAUUUAUGUACUCUAUUUGUGUAAACAUUUAUCUGUAAGCCUACUUUUAAUAUUUUGUCAAAGAGAGAUUGAAUCUCACGAGCUUUUUUUAUUUUUCGAGUAAAAUAAAUCUCAUUUUAUACUUUCAAGUGGUUUUGAGUGUUUUCGUAGUAGAAGAAGUUAUAGUUCAACUUAUAUCUCGUACUUUUUAUUCUUGCCAAUAGAUUAGGUUGAGCAUUAACAGUUAUCAAUACAAAAAUUCUAAUAAAAAAAAUGUCUUUAAAUUUUCUAAUCGUAGUUGGAUAAUUUUAUGAAUCUUCGCGUAAAUAUGUUUUUUUAGGUGGACCCGUCCCUGUCAUCUGGAAUGCGUAUUCGGAGAUUGAAAAACUUGUUACGUUUUGGGUCAAUACACCAUGAUAAAUUUUGUUGUAACAGGAUAUCAGGUCAUUAUCGGUUUCAAUUGGUAAUUCUAAAAUAAAGUGUUUUCAGCUUGAACUGAGUUGUUUUGAAUAUAGUAGGUAAACUCAGAAUUAUUGAAUGAAGUCAUGAACUUCUUUUUCAAUUAUUUUGUAUCUCUCUUUGAACUUCAAUUGUAUAUAAAAUGUCUAUACCUACUCACAA